AUGGCUCUUCCCAAGGCAAAUCCGGCACCUGGUAUCACUGCCGCGCCCCAUGACGAUAACCUACGAUACUUCGAUGUUACGAUCCAGGGUCCAGAUGGCAGUCCUUUCCAACAGGGAAUCUUUAAAUUAGAGUUGUUUCUUCCCGAGGAGUACCCCAUGGCACCGCCGAAGGUACGGUUCCUGACCAAGAUAUACCAUCCCAAUAUUGACAAACUCGGGCGCAUCUGUCUUGAUAUCUUGAAAGGUCUGAUCGCGUGCCCAUCCACAUCUCUCCGGGCUAACGAAGGCAUAGACAAAUGGUCUCCAGCACUGCAAAUUCGCACGGUUCUGCUCUCUGUGCAGGCCCUGCUGAGUGCACCGAAUCCAGACGACCCACUUGCUCCAGACGUUGCUAAGCAUUACAAAGAGAACGAGAAAGAUGCCCAGCGGGUCAGCCGAGAGUGGACAAUGCAGUACGCUCAGUGA